AUGGUUUACCUGAAACAAAUUGAGGUUGAAAACUUUAAAUCAUGGCGGGGAAAGCAAGUUAUCGGUCCGUUCAUGCAGUUUAACUGUAUAAUUGGCACAAAUGGCUCCGGCAAGUCAAAUGUGAUGGAUGCCCUGAGCUUCGCCAUGGGGGAGCGGGCCACCGCUCUCCGAGUGAAGCAGCCGGAGGACCUGAUCCACGGAGCCCACAUCGGGCAGCCAGUGUCGGACACCACCAGUGUGGCCAUACGGUUCUGCGACGACGACCAAGAAACCGUCUUCAGUCGGACCACUACUGGGGCCUCCUCUGAGUAUCGCAUCGAUGGUGUACGUGUAGCUUUGGCCAAAUACAUGGAGGAGCUCCGGAAGAUUGGUAUAGUGACCAAAGCUCAAAACUGUCUCGUGUUCCAGGGGGCAGUGGAGUCCAUAGCUUUGAAGGACCCAAAGGAGAGGACCAAGAUGUUGGAGUGCAUCAGUCAGUCCAAGGAAUUCGCUGCAGAAUACCACAAGAAGAAAGAGGCUCUGCUGAAGGCCACAGAGGACACACAGUUUCACUUCAACAAGAAGAAGUCUGUCAUCGUUGAGAGGAAACUGGUCUUACAGGAAAAAUUAGAGGCCGAGAGAUAUCAGGAACUGUUGGAUGAUCUCCAACAAAACCGUAUGCAGCUGACUCUCGCUGAGCUCUACCAUAAUGAAAAGCGCAUCAGAGCUUCCAGUGACACCCUGAGGGACAAACAACUCGCAGCAGCUGCUAAGAACGAGACUCUGGUAAACUUGGAACAGACGGUCAAAACCCAAAAGAAGGAACAUGGUCGCCUCAUGAGAGAGCAGCAGCACACAGAGAAGGAGAUCCGAACACAGGAGCAUGUCCUAGCCCAGUCUCGGUCCCAGUAUGUCAAAGCCAAAGUGAACACCUCUCAUCAUAUGAAGAAGGCUGAGGAGGCCCGUAAUGGCCUAAAGAAGAGUCAGAAGCUGUUGACUAUCAAAGAGCAGGAGAUGGCAGAAGGUCAGCAGGAAAUUGUUGAACUUGAAAGAACCUGGAGGAAUUAUGAGAAGCAGGUCAGAGAACAGGCAGCUACCCAGAGGAGAGACAUUGAGCUGGAUGAGGAUCAGUUGGAGCGAUAUAAGGAGCUGAAGGAGCUGGCCCGAAAACAGGUGGCUGUCCUCAGACAGCAGGAAGAAAAACUUCACUGGGAGGUGAGAGCGGACUGCGAAAAGAUGGCUUUCGACCAGCGCAGACAGAAGGAAGUAGAGGUUUCCAUCAGGAACAAUCAAACCCAGCUGGAAGAUUUGACACACAGAGCAGAGAAGCUCGAGGAGUACACCAAGACCUGCAUGUCGUCCCUUGAGGACUACCGUCAGCGGGAGGAGAGGCUGAGUGUGGAGCUGCAGCGAGGCAGUCAACGUCGCGAGGAGGUGAACCAGGAGCUGAACCAGGUGAUGGAGGAGCUGGGCAAUGCCUGUCUGUACAGGCAGGAGAGCAAACGGCAGCUGCAGCGCAAGGAGGUGCUCAAGAAGCUCCGCAGGCUCUACCCUGAGACUGUGUAUGGCCGACUAUCUGACCUGUGCAGCCCUAUCCAUAAGAAGUACCUGCUGGCUGUCACUAAGGUGUUUGGACAAUACAUGAAUGCAAUCGUGGUGGCAUCAGAGAAAGUAGCCCUUGACUGCAUCACUUUCAUCAAGGAGGAGAGAGCUGAACCUGAGACAUUCCUGCCUGUUGACUACUUGGUGGUGAAUCCUUUGAACGAGCGACUGAGGGAGAUGUCUGGUGCCAAGAUGGUUGUGGAUGUUGUACAAGUUAAUCCUGCCGCAGUUGCUGCCCAGCUGAGGAGAGUGGUGCAGUUUGUCUGUGGCAAUGCCCUGGUGUGUGAAACCAUCAAAGAAGCCAGGAGUAUGGCUUUUGACAGACAGGAGCGCUUCAAGACAGUUUCUCUGGAUGGAACAUUGUUUUCAAAAUCAGGCACAAUCUCUGGAGGCUCCAGUGACCUGCGCAGCAAAGCUCGCUGCUGGAAUGAGAAGGACAUGAUGCAUCUGAAGGAACGCAAGGACCAGCUGGUCACUGAGUUACACGAUUUAAUGAGGUUGAAGAGGAAGGAGGCAGACCUGAAACAGAUCAUUGUGGAGGCUCAGGGAGCUCAGACCCGUCUGAAAUACUCUAAAGCUGAGUUGGAAAACCUUAGGAAGAAAGUCAUUGUUAAAUGCCAAGCGGAGAUUUCUCGAAUGCAAAGUGAAUUAGCAAACCUGAACUGUCAGAUUCAGGUGCAGCAUGAGAGUGUGGAGGCCAAGAAUGAAGAGAUGAAGGCGAUUAGACACCAGAUUGACCAGAUGGAGGACGUGGUUUUUUCAGACUUCUGUGCUGCUAUUGGCGUGGACAACAUCAGGGAGUAUGAGCAGGAGUACUUGAAAUGGCAGGCAGAGUUUGAAAAUAAAAGGCUGGAGUUUGAGAGUCAGCACGCCCGCCUGACUGCACGGAUGGAAUAUGAACAACACCAAAUGGAGCAGCAGAGGAAGAAGCUCCGCAAAAUGGAGGAUACCAUCAAUGAGGAGGAGAGAACCAUGGCUGAGCAGAGAAAAGAUGAGAUGAGGCUGUUGGAGGUGGUGGAGGAGGGUCAGAAUAAGCUGCUGGAGCAGAACAACCAGCUGCUCUCUAAGAAAAGCCAGGUGGCUGCUGUCAAAGCUGAGCUGGACCAGAAAAAUCAAAGCCUUCGGGAGAUUAACAAAGAGUUGGUGAAGCUUCAGCAAGAAGUGAUGUCUGCAGAGACUGCCUUGGAGCAGAACCGCUUGACUAGACAUAACAUGCUGCUGGCCUGCAAGAUCCAGGACCUGCCCAUCACUGUGCUGUCAGGGAGCCUGAAUGAAAUCAGUGAAGUUCAGCUGGAGAUGGACUCGGAAAGCACUUCAGCCACUAUGGACAUCUAUGAGAGAGAGGCACAUCUAGUCAUCGACUACUCUGGACUAGAGGCAGAGCUCAGAGGUCUGCAGGAUGACGAGGAGUUUGAGGCCUACAUGGAGAGGCUGAAUGAGUCUGUGCUCUCCAUAGAGGAAGUGUUAAAUCGCACCAUCGCACCCAACCUGAAGGCUGUGGAGAAAAUGAGGGCGAUCAAGGACAAGUUACAGGGAAUUACGGAAGACUUUGAUGCCAGUACUGAAGCAGCCAGAAAGUGUAGUCAGGAGUUCGAGCAAGUAAAAGCCCAGCGCUACCAGCUCUUCAGCCAGUGCUUUGACCAUGUGUCUGUCGUAAUUGACCAAAUCUAUAAAAGAAUAUGCAGGAACAGCAGCGCACAGGCCAUUCUGAGUGCAGAGAAUCCAGAUGAACCGUACUUGGGUGGCAUCAGCUACAACUGUGUGGCACCAGGGAAACGCUUCAUGUCCAUGGACAAUCUGUCUGGUGGAGAAAAGGCAAUCGCUGCUCUAGCUUUCAUAUUUGCCAUUCACAGCUUCCGACCUGCACCUUUCUUCAUCUUGGAUGAGGUGGAUGCAGCCCUGGACAACUCGAACAUUGGCAAGGUGACCAGUUUCAUCAGAGAGGAGUCCAAGGACAACAUGCAGAUCAUCAUCAUCUCCCUGAAGGAGGAGUUUUUCUCCCGGGCAGACGCACUGCUGGGAGUCUAUUCAACUUUUGAUGAAUGCAUGUUCAGUCGCAUUCUGACCUGGGACCUGCGCCCCUACCCUCUGGAUGAAGAAGAAUGGGACACAGACCAAGAAGGAGCGCACACCACAGGGUUCGUGUAGCCUGGAAUCACAUGCAUGAAGCCAGAGUUUGGGAUUCCCUUUUGUCAUUGUUAAAUGGCUUCAGUUCUUACUUUUGUCUUUUGACCAAGUAGUUAUCUCAAAGUUUCUCAAUAUUUUUACAGUUUGAUUGGAUUUGCAAGCCCGUAUUUGAGCAGGUGUUUUUAGGUGAGUGGUAAAUAAAUCGAAGUAUGGUCUAACAUACAACAACCACAUAUUCAGGAGAACUCUGCUCAUCUGAAAUGUGGUUCCUAUUGAGCUGUUCAAAGUAGAUAAAUGUUGUUAUAUCAAUAACUUGUUUUACUUGAAGUGUUUGUAACUUUUUCAUGGCAAAAUGUUGGCGAGUCUCCUUAUGGCUCACCAGAUACACAGCUCCAUAAGCUCCGUUACUGAUUAGUUUAAUGGUUUCAAAAUCACUCUGAAGAGGCUUCCUUUGAGUUGGAGUCAGCGUCUGUGGGGCCUUAUUCUCUACAGUUUCAUCUGGUUCUGUUCAUUAAAUCUACAUUGCUGAA